AAUACCAAAACCCAUUUAAAGCUAACACAAAGAGUAAGAAAACCCGAGAAAGAGAAAGGAGAAACCAAUGAAGGUAUAGAGAGAAAGAAAGACCAAAUGACCUCAGUUUGUAUAUCGAACUGUGUGAACGACGCACGUGACCCACGCGUGCCUGUUCGGCUCCGAGCGACCUACGUGAACCUCUACAAAUGGCCGGAGUCAGACGCCGAGUUCGUCAGGUCUGUCAGCUCAAGUGGCUGCAGACCCGGGAGUCACGUGCGUUAUGGCCACCCUAGAGUGGUGGACAGCAUCUCAUGCAGGCAAAUGUACCUUCGGAGCUAUACUUUUUCCAGGAAAGAGACCCCCGAGAAAACCCAGAAAUGUUUUGGUCGAGUAAAGCAGAAGAAAUUGGCUGAUGAUGAAGACGACUCUGAUCGCGAUCAUGGGGACAAGAAAAAAAAGGAGCAGAAACAGAUGCAGCAGGCAAAUAAUAACAAAAACUCAUCAUCGUCCGUGAGUAGUAAUAAAAAGAAGAAGUGUUUGUUUCUCGGGAAAGUUAGGGAACUUUCUUAUGCUGCUCUGUUUGGAAUCUUCCAAAGGUGUUUGUCUUGUGCUGCUACUGUAGAUGUGGCUGAUCAAUGAGAUUUUGAGGUUGUUGUUGUUGUUUCUUCAUGUAAUCAACUACUUUUAUUUUUUUUAUUUAUUUAUAAUAAUAUUUAUGAGAGAUAUUAUGUAGUGUGUUUUUGUUUUAUCUUUUUCGAUCUCCUUUAUAUUAUUAUAGUUUAUCACUAAAUUAGUAUUACUGAAAGAGUAGUAUAGGGACAAAAGAAGAAAGUGUUCGAUGAGUCUGUGUAUGUAUAUUUUGCCUGUUUUGGGUUUGGGCUUUUACAAAAGUUUAUUUCUCUAAUUUUAUCGUAUUGUUAAUUAAUCU